AUGGCGCAUGGAAUUAAGAAGAUUUUGAUUGACAAAAAUGAUGAUUUAGAGUGCAAUAAUAACCAGCAUAAUACAAACAAUACCAAUAAAAUGGCACUGAAUAGUUUACUUCUUGACAAUUGCUGUGUAAGCUCCUCAAAUCAGACUCUAAUGAACCAGAAAAAUUCCUCUACGACCACGAAUGCAUUGGUCGCAACACAUCAGCUACUACCACCAACGCAAUCGACGACGACUUUAAUGAAUAAUAGCAAUAAAUUGAGUUUAAAUUGUGGUGGCGCUUCGAUGUCUACAAUUGCUUCAUCAGCCACAAAAAAGGCGCAAAUAAAGAAAAGUUCUAUAUGGUAUACAAACGCUCAAAGUCUCUAUUCUAAUUUAAAUUUAAUUCGGUGUUUUAUGUUAGAAAAUGAACCUAAAAUUAUGCUUUUAAGUGAAACAAGAACAAUUUCUGAUAUGGAUGAUCAAGAAUUAUCAAUACAAGGAUAUAAACUCUUCAGAUGUGAUGCACUCAAUAGACAUACAGGUGGAGUUGCCAUAUACCUACAAGAAUCAAUCGAUGCAUAUAUAGUAAAUGAAUACAAAGAAAAUCAUAUAUGGGCUCUUUGUAUAAAAAUUAUUAAAGGAUAUAUUAAUGAUUCAUUUUGUGUUAUAUACAGAGGACAUCAAUCAAAUAUUAUACAAUUUUCAGAAUUCCUUGACAACUUCCUAGAAGAAAUAAUCGACAAAGCGGAUCAUUUACAUGUAGUGGGAGAUUUCAACAUUGAUUUACUUAAAGAUAAAAAUGCAAAAAAAGUAAUAAAAAUAACUAAACAAUAUAAUUUAACACAGCUAAAAAAAAAAUUCGUGAUUGGAGUAGAUAUUCGGAAAAUAGAUUAA